ACAUCUUAAAAAAAAAAAAAAAAAAACAAAAAAUACUGUAAUGAUCGGUGCGGCCUUUGUUCGUGGAGAAUAAAAUGCGAGUUUAAAUCACCAACAGCAACAAUAUCAAAUCUAAAUCUUCUUGGAUCGGUUCUACACCGGACGUCACUAUGAAAUAUCUAUGUGUUGUUAUGUCUUUGGUAGGUGCAGCCUGUUCGGCCUCCAUUGGCAAUGCAGAUCCAGAGAAAACUACUACCACACAAAAGCCCCACAUUGUGGAGAUUAUGGAAUCAUCUUCCAGUCACAAUAUGGAUGGCUCGUACAGUUUUCACUAUCGUGGAGCUGAUGGAACGUUUCGCGAAGAGACAGCAGUCGUAAAAGAUGCAGGCACUGAACACCAACAUCUGGAAAUAACAGGAGCUUAUUCCUUCUUCGACGCUGAUGGAAAAGAAGUUGUGGUUCACUACAAGGCCGGGGACCGUGGUUUCGUUCCAGAAGGUAACAAUAUCCCCGAAGAGAUAUCGGCUGCCGCCAAAGCCAACAGUGAAUUGCCAGCAUCGACAGACAUCGAUGAGAGACCUAAAGAGAUCCCAAUUACAGCUAAAGCAAGUAGCAAACUAGCAGCAUCGCCUAACAUCGUUGAGGGGAGUGACGACUCGGAAGAGGACGAUAUGUUCAAAGAGACCCCCCAGAUGCCGAAGAGGAUUUAUUAAAGCAAAAACAUACAAAUCUAAAAUACCCCACAAAAAAAAAAAUACAGCCUGGCAACAAUUACACACACGUAUUGCCACCUACAUAUGUGUAUGUAUACAGCAGCCACAAGUAUUCGAAAUUAACGAUCAAAAUCGAUAUGUACAAAUAAUUGUAUAAAUAAAUAAAGGAAUGAUUCUAUUAUUGGAAGAGCAUGGAGAAAUAAUACAA